UUUUCUUUUUUUUUUUGGGGGUCAAUCUCCUUUUUAAAUUACUUAUAUUUAAUCAUUUCCUCUCCCGAGAGAGAGAGAGAGAGAGAGAGAGAGAGAGAGAGCUCUCUGGAAUUCAACAUUUUCCUACCUUAUAUUUUUAAACACUUACCUUGAUGUGUCUUGGCGCCUAGGUCCCGUCCUCGCAGAUGGAGGCUUGUGCCUUAACCGCUGUCACGCUGCUCUCCCUCACCCUCUACCUCUCUCUCCUCCCUUCUUCUCUUUCUCUCUCCGUCAACGACACCGACGCCCUCACUCGGUUCCGCCUUCAGACCGACGCCCACGGCAUCUUGGCCGCCAACUGGACCACCGCCGACGCCUGCGCCGCAGGCUGGCGAGGCGUCCGCUGCAUCGGCCGCCGCGUCACCGCCCUCGUCCUCCCCACCCUCGACCUCCGCGGCACCCUCGACUCGCUCGCCCUCCUCGACCAGCUCCGCGUACUCGACCUGCACGGCAACCGCCUCAACGGCACUCUCCUUCCUAUUACGAACUGCUCCAAUCUCAAGCUUCUCUAUCUUUCUGGAAACGAUUUCUCCGGCGAGAUCCCGCCGGAGAUCGGCUCCCUCCACCAUCUCCUCCGUCUUGAUCUCUCCGACAACAAUCUCCGAGGCCCGAUACCGGACUCUCUCUCCCGCUUGACUCGCCUCAUCACCUUGCGCCUCCAGAACAAUGUACUCUCCGGAGAACUCACCAAUUUCUCCGAUUCGCUUCCCCGCCUCAGAGAGCUCAAUUUAUCAAACAACGAGCUGUACGGCCGUCUCCCAGAGAAUUUGCGCAGCAGAUUCGGCGACCAUAUUUUCGCCGGCAACGAGGGUCUCUGCGGGUCUAGCCCGUUGCCGGCGUGCUCCUUCACCGACAGUCCUCCCGCCGUCGAAUCGACUCCAACUGAGACGGUUCCCUCAAAUCCAAGCUCAUUACCCACAGCCCCAAUAAAUUUCAGGGACAAGAAACAACCAAGAAGGGGGCUAAGCCCCGGCGCAAUUGUGGCCAUUGUGAUCGGAAAUUCGGUAUUGUUACUGGUAAUAGUUUCGUUUGUUGUCGCUUAUUAUUGCGGGAAAUACUCGAGAGAGAUUGAUUAUAAUUCGAAAGUGGGUAAUGAGAAUGGGAAGAAGAAAAAUGGUGGAAGCUACAAUAACGAGAAGAAGGUAUAUGCGAGCAACGGAGGCGGCGCAGACAGCGACGAGACUACGGCAACUGAUAGAAGCAAACUUGUAUUUUACGAUCGGAGGAAGCAGUUUGAGCUGGAGGAUAUGCUCCGGGCAUCCGCGGAAAUGCUUGGGAAAGGGAGCCUGGGAACGGUUUAUAAGGCAGUGCUCGACGAUGGAUGCACAGUGGCCGUGAAGAGGCUCAAGGACGCAAACCCCUGCGCAAGGAAGGAGUUCGAACAGUACAUGGAUUUAGUUGGGAAGCUCAAGUAUCCUAACAUCGUUCGUCUCAGAGCUUAUUAUUACGCCAAGGAAGAGAAGCUUCUCGUCUAUGAUUAUCUCCCCAAUGGAAGCUUGCAAUACCUCUUACAUGGGAAUCGAGGUCCGGGAAGAAUUCCUCUGGACUGGACUACGAGGAUCAGUUUGGUUCUGGGGGCAGCUCGCGGGCUCGCUCGGAUCCACGAAGAAUACGGCGCAUCAAAAAUCCCCCACGGCAAUGUGAAAUCCUCAAACGUUCUCCUCGACAAGAACGGCGUCGCCUGCAUCUCCGAUUUCGGUCUAUCGCUGCUUCUGAACCCGAUCCAUGCGACGGCGAGACUGGGAGGAUACCGGGCACCGGAGCAAGCAGAGACUAAAAGGCUUUCCCAAACGGCGGAUGUGUACAGUUUCGGAGUCUUACUGCUGGAAGUGCUCACUGGAAGAGCUCCGUCGCAGUACCUCUCGCCGGCGCGGCCGCGCGCGGGAGAGGAGGAAGAGGGAUUGGAUUUGCCCAAGUGGGUCCGAUCGGUGGUGAGGGACGAGUGGACGGCGGAGGUGUUCGAUCAGGAGUUGCUGAGGUACAAGAACAUCGAGGAGGAGCUGGUAGCGAUGCUGCAGGUGGGACUGGCGUGCGCGGCGGCGCAACCGGAGAAGAGGCCGAGCAUGGUGGAUGUGGUGAAGAUGAUCGAGGAGAUUCGGGUGGAGCAGUCGCCGCUGGGGGAGGACUACGACGAAUCGCGGAAUUCGCUUUCGCCUUCGCUCGCCACCACUGAAGAUGGAUUUGCUGCGGCGGUUUACUAGUUUUUGCCACUAAUUAAUUAGAGUGCAGCUCUGUUAUUCAGUUUCUUGAUUUCCUUUGAAUCAUUUUCGUCGUUGAUCAUUUGCACUUUCUCGCUGCAAAUUGUCCCUUUCAUUUCAGAUGCUGUGGUCCUCUCUUCUAUUUAUUUGUUUUAAAUUUUUUUGUUCUGUUGUAAUAUUUGUACUUCUAAUUAAGAUUUCCCCAAUGUUGCAUUUGGGUAAUUGGGUGGAUCUGGUGAAUGUGCUUCUACUUAUUCUUUCUCCUAAUGUAAUUUUGAAAUUCAA